GGCUGCGAGUGCCGAUUCGCCUACGGGUCCAGGGAGUGAACCUUGACCCGAGGCCGGGGGCGAUUCGCAAGUUCUUGCAGAACAAGGGGCGUUUGGUCUACAAAUUAUAGAAGCGUAAACCUUCUAAUUCCCAUUUCUGCCGGCCAGAUUGAAACUCCGGCGUCCAUCCCUCGGGUGUCUGUCUUCCUCUCUCAGAUUCGUCUUCGCAUCUUGCUCAUCGCUCAGUUUCUGCAGAAUCGCAAUGGGUGACAGCCAGUACUCGUUUUCUCUGACCACGUUCAGCCCGUCGGGGAAGCUAGUGCAGAUCGAGCAUGCUCUGAUGGCUGUCGGAUCUGGCCAGACUUCUCUUGGGAUCAAAGCUGCCAAUGGGGUUGUCAUUGCCACUGAGAAGAAACUACCCUCCAUUCUUGUUGACGAGUCUUCUGUGCAAAAAAUUCAGCUUUUGACAGAAAAUAUUGGAGUUGUCUACAGUGGGAUGGGUCCUGAUUUUAGAGUUUUAGUUCGGAAAAGCAGGAAGCAAGCACAACAAUAUUACAGACUCUAUAAGGAGCCUAUUCCAGUUACACAACUUGUGCGGGAAACUGCAGCUGUCAUGCAGGAAUUUACUCAGUCUGGCGGUGUGAGGCCAUUUGGAGUUUCAUUGCUUGUUGCUGGAUAUGAUGACAAUGGCCCACAGCUUUAUCAGGUGGAUCCUUCAGGUUCGUAUUUCUCCUGGAAGGCAUCAGCCAUGGGGAAAAAUGUCUCAAAUGCGAAGACUUUUCUUGAGAAAAGGUACACGGAUGACAUGGAGCUGGAUGAUGCGGUCCACACAGCAAUACUAACACUAAAAGAAGGGUUCGAGGGCCAAAUCUCUGGUAAAAAUAUUGAGAUUGGUAUAAUUGGUGAAGAUCGACAAUUCAGAGUCCUGAAACCAUCCGAAAUUGAUGAUUAUCUUGCUGAAGUUGAGUAGCCGAAUUGUCCGCUCUUGUUCAUCUGAAUUUUUUUUUUCCAUUUCUAAUCUUGAAUUUCUGGAAGCAUAGUGAUAGAUAUGAUAGUUGAAAUUCGGAAAAAAAUUUAAAACAUUUUAUGCUAUUCAAGAGUCAUGUUCA